AUGGCGAAGACGGCUCGAAAUGCCGCGGACAAACGGUACUUUGGUCUCCCAGCUCACAUUCGAUUCCGCAUCAUGAAGUAUCUCUUGCAUGCUCACAACCCCGACGAUAAGCCCAUCCGCAUGAACAACCCAAUCGACCUGUGCGAAGCCUGGCCUGUCAACAAAAUCAAGGAUCGGACGAAGGAAUGGAUCAGCGAGCACUUCGAUAGCCUAGAGUCUGUUCUCUACUCCCUCAGCAACUACAUCUCCACCUGCUCCGCCAUGCGAGCGGAUGUCCUCGCCGCGCUCUUUCUCACUCGCAGAUUCCACGUUGUCUACUCGCCUUAUGUGAGCGGGAAGAUCCACUACAGUGCGAUCAAGUACAUGGACCGGUAUGGGCACCUCAUGGCCUCUAUCGCCGUCGAGGUCGACUUUACGAAGCUAGCUGGUAGCUAUCAACCGGCAGGUGCCGACCUCGAUGCUGCCCAGAGUAUGAAGGGCGUGGUGUCACACCUCAAACACUUCAUCGACCGCCAGAAAAUGCGGCCAGAAGGCGUCCCUCUCCGAGACCUGCGAGUUCUCGUCCGUCGGUAUUACGGCUUUCGCCCAUAUCGACCUACUUCUCCACGGCCGAAGUCAAAGUCCCCAGCGGGUUCACGGCCAUCCACCCCGGAAUCUACCUCCACAUCAAUAUCUUUCCACUCGUCAAAACCCGUACCAUACACCCCAGAUUCUCUCGUGGCUGACGUCCUCGCCCCUCUCUCGGCCCUGGGAUCAUGCGUCCAGUCCCUCACCAUCACCGGCGCACCGCAGGAUGUUGCGACUGGGUUGGUGCUUGCGCUACAGAAGGACAUCAACAAACCCCAGCAGACCGACACACCCCCCCACAACCCUAACAGCCCAGAUGACAGCCAAGCCCAAACCCAAGAGCCGCCUGCUCCAACCAUCGACACCAGCCAGAGCUCCAACACCCCCCGUCUCAUAAACAUCAUAUACCGUCUCCCAGCCCGAGAAUAUCCGUCCCUCCCAGGCCACCGAGCCCUC